UUGCCAUUCCGUUUUGAGUGAACUUGUCGGUGAGUGGUCCUGUGUGGAUGCUGCUCCACUGCUCUCUGCAGUAGCAGCUGACUCCUUCAUCUCUCAGCGGUACAACAUGUCGGCCAGCGCGGUGUACGUGCUGGACCUGAAGGGGAAGGUACUGAUCUGCCGGAACUACCGUGGAGAUGUGGACAUGUCAGAGAUCGAGCACUUCAUGCCCAUCCUGAUGGACAAAGAGGAGGAGGGCAAUCUGUCUCCCAUUCUGGGCCACGGAGGAGUCCGCUUCAUGUGGAUCAAACACAACAACCUGUACCUUGUAGCAACGUCUAAGAAGAAUGCCUGCGUCUCGCUGGUUUUCUCUUUCCUUUACAAAAUCAUUCAGGUCUUCUCUGAGUAUUUCAAAGAGCUGGAGGAGGAAAGCAUCAGGGACAACUUUGUCAUUAUCUAUGAGCUGCUGGAUGAGCUGAUGGACUUUGGUUACCCUCAGACCACAGACAGCAAAAUUCUACAGGAAUAUAUCACUCAAGAGGGCCACAAGCUGGAUACUGGUGCCCCUCGCCCUCCUGCCACUGUCACCAAUGCGGUGUCCUGGAGGUCAGAGGGCAUCAAGUACAGGAAGAAUGAAGUCUUCCUCGAUGUCAUAGAGUCAGUGAACUUGCUGGUGAGUGCCAAUGGUAAUGUGCUGCGCAGUGAGAUCGUAGGAUCCAUCAAGAUGAGAGUGUUCCUAUCUGGAAUGCCAGAGCUGAGGCUGGGCCUCAAUGACAAAGUCCUGUUUGAGAACACUGGCAGAGGAAAGAGUAAGUCAGUGGAACUGGAGGAUGUGAAGUUCCACCAGUGUGUCCGACUGUCGCGCUUUGAAAAUGACCGCACCAUCUCCUUCAUUCCACCUGACGGAGAGUUUGAACUUAUGUCCUAUCGCCUCAACACACAUGUGAAGCCAUUGAUAUGGAUUGAAUCGGUCAUUGAGAAACAUUCACACAGCAGAAUUGAGUACAUGAUCAAGGCCAAGAGUCAGUUCAAGAGGAGGUCUACAGCUAACAAUGUAGAGAUCCACAUCCCAGUCCCCACUGAUGCUGACUCGCCUAAAUUUAAGACUACUGUGGGCAGUGUCAAGUGGAUCCCAGAGAAUAGUGAGAUAGUGUGGUCCAUCAAGUCCUUCCCUGGUGGUAAAGAAUAUCUCAUGAGGGCCCACUUUGGCCUGCCCAGUGUGGAAGCAGAGGACAAAGAAGGCAAGCCUCCUAUCAGCGUCAAGUUUGAGAUCCCCUACUUCACCACCUCUGGCAUCCAGGUUCGCUACCUGAAGAUCAUUGAAAAGAGUGGCUACCAGGCCUUGCCUUGGGUCAGAUAUAUUACUCAGAAUGGAGACUACCAGCUGAGGACACAGUAGUGACACUGGACAAUCUGGACCAAGACGUUGUCAGCUGAAGAAAACAUAAACAUCCAUGAAUGAGCAAAUGGAUCAAUAGUCAGUCCAUACAGCAAAUUAAGAAAUCUUGUAGUCUCUAGACUUAACACAAAUUCAAGCAGCAGUAUUUUCAGAAGCGUGCGACCUUUGACACAACCUCACAAUACAGUGUUUCUUCAAAUAGCAGCCAAACCUUUAGGAAUGACUCACAAAUUUUACUCAUCACUCUUCUGAAUAUGAAUGAUCCAUUUAAAAUCAGUGUUUUAAGCUAAAGCAGUGUUCUGAAUUAGGUCAAUUAACACCGAACCUUUAUUUGAACAGAUCAUCUUCUUUGGCGAUACAGAACAGGAGUUCUUGGAGGACCUGGUUAGCCCUAACCAGCAAGCAAAGCUCACUCUUAGGCUGCAAGUUAUUCACUUAAGCUUUAACAUUUGAAAUCACACAACAAUCACCUCUAACUUAUUAUAGAGAACCAUAUAAUAGUUAUAGAACUUGGCAAUAACCACUACCUGAUGAAAAAUGAAAAGAUGAGGGUCCCAAAAAAACAGCUCUAAAAUUGCUAAACAAAUGUGUAACCCAGGGAUGUGCUUCAUUUCUUUAAGUGCACUUUGUGUAUCUUACAUCGAAUUUUAAAUGCAGUUUCCGUAUGGUUCUUUAGACCCCCUUCACUUUUUUCAUUCUUUAUUGUGUUGUAGAUUAUUUUGUUUUAAAUGCAUGAAACUGCUAAUCGACAUCCAGUAGCCCAUAAGUGGACAAUAUGGUUUUGGAAAGGUUUGUGCAUUUGUUAAAUUUCAGAAACUGAAAUCCACCACUAUACAUCACCACAGGGAUGGUAUCAGCUAGGAAAGGAACUGUGCCUGAUGUGCACCAGAUGCUUCCAAAGCCCCUCCAGCGUCAGCUGGGAAGAAAGAGGCGUGUAAAUCAGAUAAUCACUCGGAUAAUACACUGUGCUCAUGAUUUUCUAACAUGUGCCCACAGAUUUGUAAAUUGUGUGCACAGAUUUGCCUUAUGUCUAUUGCAUAAUGACUUCCUUAAGAUUAAAUGAAAACAAAACUGAGAUUAUCCUGUUCGGUCGCCCUGAUCUGGUCCAGGUCCUUGCCAGCUCCCUUGGUCCACUAGCACCUUAUAUACAAUUGCAGGCUAGGAGUCUUGGUGUUAUUAUUGAUGGGGCAUUUAAAUUAGACAAGCAGAUCAGCUCAGUAGUCAAGGCUAGCUUCUUUGAGCUUUGACUUCUAGCCAAAGUCAAAGCCUAUCUAAGAAGGGCUGAUCUACAAAAAGUUAGCCAUGCUUUUACUACAUCGUGCUUGGGCUAUUGUAACUCCCCGUACGUCGGCAUUGGCUGGUCGGAACUCAGCCGUCUGCACCUUGUUCAGAAUGCAUCAGCUCAUCUUCUAUCCAGGACAAAGAAACGCGAGCACAUAACACUGGUGCUUUCCUCACUUCACUGGCUUCCGGUUAGGUACUGGAUUGAUUUUAAGAUUCUUUUAUGUGUUUUUAAGUCUUUGAAUGGACGAGCCUCAGAAUAUUUAUCUGACCUUGUUAAGGUGCAUCAACCCUCCAGAGUCUUCGGUCAGCUGACCAGAUGGUCCUGAACAUUCUCGAUCUCUCAACCGUUUGUUCACCUUGGCCUUUGCCAGAGCAGAAUCACCUCUACUAGAUCUUUUAUGUUUUAUUUCACUGUUUUAUUGUUUUGCUUUUAUUGUUUUGUUAUUGUCAGUGAUUAUUUUACUGUAAAGCACUUUGGUUGGCCAUAGGCCUUUUCAAAUGUGCUAUAUAAAUAAAUUUGACAUUGACAUUGACUUCAGGUCAGCGUACUUAGAAGGGCACAUUGUGAUCUAGUAGAUGCGUUCUUGAUAGAGAACACAUCGACUCGAUCUAAUGUGGAAUAGCAAAUGAGUCAUGUACAAAACUUGCAAUUCUAUCUUUUUGAAACUGCAUUCAUAACACAACACAGUUUUAAAAAGUGAUAGGGUCUGAAAUACUUUCUGAAUUAACUGUAUGCGUCAGUGUUGAAAACUGAAAUACAUUCUGGGUGAUUUUAUAACAUUGACCUCAACCCUAUCAUCAACACUUGUCCUAAUUAAAUAGAAUCAUUUUUGUUUUGUUUUGCACAGAGUACUUUAUUGUUCUACAAAAAACACAGAAAUACAAACUUCAUCAUUAUUUUUUCAAAAGGCAGUUUAGUCAUUUUGGACUUUCAGUAUAUGAUAUGGAUAACUGUUUUACAAUUUACAGGUUCAACCGGGUUUGUCAUGUUUCUGUACACAAACAGCCUCAGAGUAAAAAAAUAUUUGAAGGAUGAAGCCAAGAGAUGGUGAAUAAGUGCCACAUAUGAGUACAGAAGAAGCAGGAAAAUGUAGCACAUCUACUUCAGCUACUGCUGUAGUUGCUGACAGUGUUUUCUUCUUUUCACUUACCACAGCUCUGCAUUCAUAUCUUGUUUACCAGCUGUGCAUAAAUGUCUGUGGACCUCCUGGCAUCCUUUGUUUUUAAUACUCCUUUCUUUGAAGAUCACAGACAAACAAAAAUGAAGAAAUAAUUCCAGAGUGUUUGCUACCUAAUUAACUCAGUAGUAGUAGCAGUAUCUCUUCACUCACCAGCUUGUGAAAGCAAACCUGUCCAUAGCAACAAGCAACAAGUGGCAGAAAUUGCUCCAAAAUUUGCUCACUUCCUGCAGGGAAUGUAAACAUGGAAACAGGAAUGAGUUUCUCAAAUUGAGACUUUCACCUGCCUAAGAUUUUUUGUUUUUUAAAUUGAAGUUAAGCAAAAAUUUUGUGAAAAUGCUCAGGCUCUUUACUUAAUUUCAUAUACAUUACAGUUAGUGGUGAGUAGAGAAAGUAGAGUAAAAUGAUUGAAAGAACUGGUUUAAUCACGUGAACACACACGGACUCACUCCCCCACGGCGAAACAUCCACAACAACCUACCCCACCCCAAAGAUCCCCCCCAACUCCAGUCCCAGUUCUACCAAAAUCUCCUUCAUCCCUUCUUCUUGCCAGGAAGGAGUGUCAGUCUCCUUUUCUUCUUCUGUGGUCUGAGCUGACAGGACGGAGCUCGAGUUAGCAGUCUGAUAACUGACAGACUCGUCCAUCUUUUUCUCCUCUUCCUUCACCUAGCAAAUGUUGCUGGCUGCAUCGGUGUCUGGGAUGGGUAACAAAAGAUGACUAAGAAAUAGGCCAGGUGUUCAGUCCAACACGUGGCUUUAUUUUUAGACACUUUAUGAAUACACCUAAAUAGGGUUGUUCAUCAUUUAUACAUUCAGUGUAGUAUAUGAAAAAUCUAGACAUAGCGCAGACUAAUUGUUAAUGCUUUAUUGUGAGGAGAAGGGCAAGAACUGGCUAUUUAAUUUCAUAUUUCACUGAUAAGUCUUUACAAGUACAGAGUUCCUGUGUGACAGCCUAUCAUUGUUUCAUAGAAGCAAACUGAAUGUAUCAUAUAGCUGUCAUUGCUUUUGUAUUGUGAACUUGUUUCAGUUCAAAUGAAACUCAGUGGUUAGAUCUUUAUCCAAAGUAACUGCUGGCUGAGCAGCACCACUUAGAGAGUUAAGUUUUUCAGCACUUUCUAAUGGCAAAUAGAUAUGAUAAUAUUUAUUACUACAUAAUAAAAGAAAUACCAAGCUACCUUUCCAAUAAGAAUGUUUUUUUCCAAACAGCUUUUAAUUUACAUUAGUUAGUUUAAUGAAAUACAUGACACACCUGAUAAAUAAAAACUAGCAGCUGAAAUACUAAAAACUGUUUACACUCUCCAGAUAAUAGGCUCUAUUGCAUAGCCAACUGAAAAAGAACUAUGUAGCUGUUGAAAAAGUAGAGAAAACAAAUUAGGCAGAUAACUGAUUAAAUAUAAAUGCAAGGAAAGAUCAAAUUACUCUUAAUUUCCUAUUUGUAAUGAAACACGCUACCAGUAUUCGUUUAAUCAUAUAUGUACCAUACCAUACCAUACCAUACCAUACCAUACCAUACCAUACCAUACCAUAUCUUUUUGCUAUGAUGAAUAUCUGUUAAAAUAAAAAAUGAAAAAGCAGCUCUAUGGGCUACAAAGUGGGCUUAUUGUCAUAAGAUAUUUUUCUGUGGCUGCUUUGUUUUAACUCAAUAAAUUAAGUGACCAAA